AUGCACCUUCCCCGCUGCACCUUCCUGCGGCGGCAGCCCAGCUUUGGUGGCUGCCAUGCACAUCCGCGCUCUAGUGUGUCUUCGAUGCCGCUGUUUGUGCUGGCCGUGAUGUUGGCGAUCUGCAUGGCGGGAUCGCCGUUUGCCGUCGCGCACGCCAAAGACUGCGUCACGCUUGGGCCAAAUUCUAUGAUAGUAUGGAAGUACGACGGCGGCAGCUUUCAGUGCGACGGCUGCAUCGGCGCCAAUGCUGUGGGAGUUAACAGCGGCACGGCUCGCCGUCGCUGGACGGAGUACGACAAGGACCGCAACAUCCUGAACUCCUUCGUGGAGGAGCACCGCGAGGGCAAUAAGCUGGUGCUGCAUGACGAGAGCCGCGGCAUGAGCAUCCUACUGCGCUCCGACCUGAGUGGCAUCCGCAGCGAGGGAGAGCAGAACUUCCGCCAGCUCUACAGCGGUGCCUUCAUCUCCGUGGUGGACUGCACAUAA